AUGUUUAAUUCAUAAAGGUAAAGAGAAAACGAAGCUAAAACCCAAGCAAAGCCCUACUUCUCUCUCGUCGGCGCAUUCGAUCUGUCUGCACUUUCAUCCGCCAUGGCCGCCGUCGCCGCCGCCAGGUCAGUCCUGCGGUCCGCCACUACGUCCGCUCGUAGCGCCGCCCCGAGACUCUCCGCCGGCGUCAAGCCUAAAGCUGCUCCAUCUCCAUUUCGCAUCCCAUCUCAAAAUCCCCAAUCUGCUCGCAUUUUUAGGUCUCCGGUGGAAUUGAGCAGUGUUAGCGUGGUGUCGAUGUUACCGUAUCACACUGCAACCGCAUCUGCGCUGCUUACUUCCAUGCUCUCCGUUGCUCCUCGUGGCCAGGCUUGGAGCAUUGAAGGGUUGUGAUUACUGCUCAUUGGCUGAUUUUCAGUUUGAAGAUUUUCGAAAUUGUCAACUUUUAUUUAAGCUCAACAUAUAAGCUUCAGACAGUAACUGGCUUUUCAGAACCAUAGUCGUGAAAAAUUGAAACCUCUGUUUUUUGCUUGACUUUUUGUAGCUGCAUGUGGCUGAAUUAGUUUCGUUUCUAUCGCGCCGUCCAUAAGAAAUGUUUCUUUUUUCCUGUGUUGUAGAUGGAUGAUUGUUAGAAUGUGUUGUGAUGCGGUGGCAUUUCUUGAUAAUUCCAUGGAUGUCAAUCGACAUGUAAUACUCUACUUGGAAGACACAUUUUUCUGCGUCAAAUUGUAAUUUGAAGUCCAAAUUGUUAAGCUAUAUCCUUCAGUCGCCCUUUAAAGCCCGUUUCCCCACCUUGGAACUAGAUACAAUAAUAACAUAUGCUGCAUUAGCUAGCUCCCUUAGUUCCUGUUUUCGGUGGAUUAUUUCUUCUUUUUUUUUUUUAGUUGUUGUGUUCGUUGGAAAAACUCGGUCGUCUGUUUAGAUAUAUAUUGAUAAAAAAUUGAUUGUCCAGGAAACUAAUGUCUUUUGGUGCUAUUCUCACCAUGGUGUAACCAGAUAUGAACGGAAAAAUGGUCUUUCAUAAGGAUUUCUUUAAGUUUA